GAAGCCUUUGGGUGUAGAGAUGGGGAAGUCCUUCCUCAUCAGGAGUUUCACAUCCUACAGGCCCCAGGGCCCUCAAAGAUGACCUGCAGGUCUGCGAGGACCUCCCUGUUGGGAAAGACCUUUACAUCAUCCAGCAGGUUUUGCAGUCAAUGUUGUUACCUCCUGGUGCACCAGGCCAUGAUGGGGAGAGCAGGUUCUUCACAUUCAAGUCCAUGACUGUGGCUGGACAGGGUGAUAGCGACACUGCAGCCAUCUCCAGGGAGCCAGUGGCCUGUUUGCUGUGUGUGCUUCCACAAUGGCCUCCCACGUGCCAGCUGGUGUUACCUGCGUCGCUCACUCCUGCUGCUGGAGUAGCUGCCUCAGCAGGGGGAGCUGAGAGCAGUAAGUGGCUGGAACAGCCCAGGGAAGGAGGAGAUCCCUGGGAAGCAAGAUCGGAGUUCACAUGGAGGACGCUGGAACCACAGAAGCGUGUGUGUUUGUGGCAACCUCAUGGCUCCAUUGAUGGAGUUAGUGAUCCAUGAGCAAAGCACUGAGCCCAUCCACACUGGCCGCUGGCGGAUGGACACCGCCAUGCUAGAUCUGUGAGGUCGCCCGGGGAUCACCGGGCCAUUCCUAACAAGCGUGCAGUCGAGAUGCCGACAGGAAGCCCAAGGGAGGGAGAAGGGGGCUUCAGCACAUGGCAGCGCGUGGCCGCUGGGCCCGACCCCUUCUCCGGCAGCGCAGCAGUCCUCCACCUGGUCUUGCUAAUUCCCAGCCACUGCCCUGCCUCAGGCCAACCUUCUGGCGGUCAGAGUGACCUACUCGACUGGCACUUCUGGUGUGUGGGAAUCUCUGGGAGAUCAAGUUAAAAGGCAGAUUUUGAGUCCCUGGAUCUGGGGUGGGGCCUGGAAUUCUGCAUUUCUAAGGCCCUCCCAGGUAAGGCCGAGGCUGCUGGCCGGCUGAGGAGUUAACAGUGUGCGCUCUGGAGUCACGUGGAUUCCUGCUUGCCGGUAGCGCGCCAUGGAAAGUCCCCCCGCCUGGCUCUGCCAUUUCCUUCUCUGUAAUACAGUGUGGCUGCGGUGAGGGUGACACAGCUGAAUAGGCACAAUGGGCCGGGCCAGUGCCGGGCACGUGGUGCAUGCGAAGUCAGCAGUUAUAACUGCUCGUCUGUGCUGCAACCCUGCAGUGCACCCUUCGCCUGCACAAUAAAAUCUACCAUCAGCCACCACCGUGCCCUGCCUUCCCGUGAACCAGUCACCCUGAGCAUUGUACGGGAGUUCUGAAAAGGAGCAGAGUUUUCUCAAAUGCAGAGUUCUCCAUAAAUCUUGAAUGCCCUUCUCUCCCUGAUCCCCCCAGCAAAGUCCUCCUCCUUCUUUUGGGCUCUGAGACCCCCAGAGCCACCUCCAGGAAGCUGAGAAGACAGGAAGUGUUUUUACUCUUUUCCAUUCCCAGUUUUGUACAUCACCUGACGUAUACUAGGUUUUAAUAAAUGGUGAAAGAAUGAAUGAA